AUGUCUGCUCUUCCUCUACGCCCACACGAGGCUCCGAUCCUCACAUUGUUUCGCCGAGAACAGCAGUCGCCCGGCUCUACUCCUGCGCCACCAGCUCUAUCGCCCAGCGCCAUAGUCGGUCUCGCCAUCAUCGGCGGUAUCUUCUUCUGCGUCGCUCUCGCCGCCAUGCUACACAUGUGCCUGCGACCCUCACCGCAAGACUCCAACCCCACGUCCCUCUACCAGCCCGAAGACGCCGCGCAGCUCGCGCGGAUGAAAGAGGUGCGUGAAUACCACCGUCGGGCUGCGUGGGAGAGUGCGGAGGCGGCACACGCGGAGCAACAAUCAGAGAGAAGGGCCAGUUGGGCAUCAACUCCGCGACCGAGAGCAUCGAGGAUGGGAGGCUGGAGGGAGAGGAGGGGCGUGGGCGCGAGUAGACUUGGGCAGACCGCACAGGAAGCGUAUGGCGAGGUAGAACUUGACGAGCAGUGGAGUCUGCAUAGCGACCGACUGGGAGAGCGAGAUGCUAUGGUGCAUGCAGCAGGAGAUUAUGGCGCGGGAACGCAGGGUCCAGAGGCGUUGGGCGAUCGUGGCAAAGGGCGGGCCUUUGAGCGGUAUGAUCGGGCGGAUAUCGAGGCCGACGGAGGCAAGACACAUACCUAUCGCACUACUGUCACCGCCGAUGUGAACGACCUGAGGCCUGUGGCGCUCUAG